GUCGCAGGCCGCCUCCUCCUGAUUCCGGCAGCCCCUCCUUAUGGCGUUCUGGGGCGUGGAGGUGAAGCCCGGGAAGCCCUACACCCACCGCUACCAGUCGUCCCAUGGCCGUCUCAGGAUUUCCCAGGCUACACUGGGCAGUUGCGAUGCUGCUAAAAGGUCGGUGCUGCAGUGCGUUGUUGGUAACAAGGCACCCAUCAUAGUCUGUAGCCUGAAUCCUCGAUUGUCUGAGAUGUGCCAUCUCGAGAUUGAGUUGGAGGAGGUCGAUGAGGUUCUGUUCUCAGUGCUUGGUCCGAGUUCCGUGCAUCUCUCUGGAUAUUACCUCCGGCCAAGCAGCAGGAGCGGUGCAGGAGACGAUGAAUCAGAAUCUUAUGGAGAGGAUGUUGGAGAGUCUGAUACAGACCGAGAGCAUGAUGAGAGUGAGGACAGUUACGAAUCUGACUUCAUUGAUGAUGGUGACGAUGAAGUACCUGAGGACAAUGAUGUUUCUGAAUCUAUGGAUGAUGGUGAUGUAUGCUCCACCCCCGAUAGCCACAAGACAGCCUCUGAAAAACAUGCUGGUAAGGUUAAACGACUGCGACGCUCAAAGAAGAAGCACCAAGUUGACAGCACCGACGACGAGAUUGAAGAUUCUUCAUGCAAGCCAACCGCCAGGCACAAUUUCCGUUCAAUAUUUGAUAGUGGCAGUGAAGAUGAAGACUUGCCAGCUAACAAAACUAAUGCAUCUGAAGAGCAUGCUGAUAAGGUUAAAAGAGGGCGACGCUUAAAGAAGAAGCAUCAAGUUGACAGCAUCGACGACAAGAUUGAAGAUUCUUCAUGCAAGCCAACUGUCAGGCGCAAACCUUGUUCAAUAUUUGAUAGUGGCAGCGAAGAUGAAGAUUUUUUCGCCAAAGAGGAAGACCUGCCUUCUCUGGCUCUGAAAACUAAUGGUAAAGUUUCCAAGGAAAUCAAAGCUGAAAAUGUUGCGUCCAAAGAGGAGACCAAAAAGAAGAGCAGAAAUGACAGGAAAAGAAAAAGUGAUACCAUCGAUCAGGAUCCUGCAUCCCCAAUGGAGGUCAAUGGGUCAUCAGUUCCAAAACAAGAAGCUGAGUUGAAAAAGAAAUCCAAGAAAAAUAAGAGAACUGCAUCGGAGGCACAAGAUGGAAAGCAUUCCAACAACAUUAGAACACUUGAAAAUGGGCUGGUCAUAGAAGAUCUGUCGGCAGGGAACCAGGACGCACAAGUGGCUUCAAAUGGCAGCAAGGUUUAUAUCAAUUAUGUUGGCAAGCUGCAGAAUGGGAAAACCGUUCAUCCUAAUGCUAAGGAAAAGCCCUACAAGUUUAAGCUCGGUUCUGAGAAAGUGAUCCCUGGAUGGAAUCUUGGUAUUGUUGGUAAUCAAUCAUCUCGGAGCUCAUUGUUUUUUUUAAUACGUUUGAGUGAGAUAUUUUUCUGA